CAGAGUGGCGGUGCAUUGGUGCAGUGCCGUCAACGCGAGCCUAGUAUACACGUCUCGAGGCUUCGCUUACAGAGAUGACUGGAGUGUAUACGAAGAAAUAUGUGGAGGACGUGUUCGACACAUCGGAAGAAGCGCUUCCGUUCAGACUUCAACAGAUCGCCGAAGAUGAGCUCGGAGAGACUCCCGCUCGGAGGAAGAAAUCUCUUGCGAAGCUUCUCCAGCUUUUAUCGGAGGAAGAGGACCUGAACACACGGAAGGAUGCGCAGUUUCUUCUGAGGUUCCUGCGAGUGCGGAAAUACAACGUGGAGGCGGCCCUGCGCACGCUGAAGAACUAUUACAAGAUUCGGAAAACCAGCGGGCCAGUGUUUCGCGACUUCCUGCCUUUUAAGGUGUCCCCAGCUACGAGAAAUGUCAUGAUGGUCAUGAAAGAGAAGGAUGCUUAUGGACGACGAAUCUUCUUUAUCAAACUCGGUAGAGUCCAACACGUGCGUUGGAUAUGCAUAUAUUUUUUUUCUUCCCCAUGCCACUUCCCAGGUAUGUGGGUGCUCGAAGAAUCCUCCUACGUGGAUGUCCAUCGGGCUAGCAUGCUGUGCUUGGAGCACCUGGCUAAAGACCCAACGACACAAACGCAAGGCGUGGUGAUACUCGUGGACUAUGGUGGCUUCACAGCAGAAAAAGUGCUUGCCAUUAACGUGGGUUUGAUCAGGAGAGGCUUUGAGUACCUGCAGGAUUGUAUGCCUAUGCGACUCAAGGCCAUGCACAAUGUGAAGCAAGGUCUAGCGUUCGACACGUUCUUCACGCUCAUCCGGCCUUUCCUGAAGGCGAAGCUUGCACAAAGGUUUAUCCUUCACGGAGAAAAGUUCGAGGAACUCCAUAAGGAAAUCCCGCCCAAGGUUCUUCCCGAAGAGUACGGUGGUCAGGCGCCACCUGUCAACUUCGAGGGUUUCUGGGACGACCUGGAAGGUUACGACGAUGACUACCGGGAUAACAGCAGCUACGGCUACACGAGGACAAACGAAGAAGACUUUGCCACGGAGGCUGAGAUUGAGAGCCAGCUAACGUUUCUGUAAACACCUAAAAAGGUAUAAGCCCGUGAAAAAGAA